GGUGGAGUGACCCUUUCGGUUUCAAAAUCUCCCCGUCUUCCACCGUUUCCACGUACACGUCGUUUCGCCACUCUUCUUCCCCCCUCUCUCCCUCUCGCCCACUCUCUUCUCCUCCGGUUCCCUCCCCAAAUUCGUCCGUUCGCAGCCCCGGCCCCGGUUGCUCUCCUCCCCGCAGCCCUCCCGCGCCGACGGCGGCGGGGUAUCGCAGGCCAGCCCCACCGGCGCCGCACCGGCGCGGAUCGGUUACCCCCUUCGCCGGUUAAGGCACAACAAUGGCUUCAACUGCUGCAGUACCGGCCGCAAAUACAAAUGGGAACCAUGCACUAAGUGUGGAUUCACAUUCCAGCCAAGAUGUUAGGCGGCGAACAGUUGUUGUUGCAAAGAAAAAGCCUACACCUGAGCUUCUUACUGAAGGUGGAGUUAAUGGGGUCUCAGAUGAUAAGGUUUCUAGUAAGAAGGAUAUUGGUCAUACAAGCCGUGGAGAGUCAGUUAUCGACAAACCGAAAUAUUCAUCUGAGGGAAGAAAAGAUGCACUUCCUCCAGCACCUUCUGCUGAACAUCGAAAGAAAAGUACUACUAAACACGAAAAAGCCAAGUGGGAAACUGCACUAAGUGUGCUGAUGAAGCUUUGCCUUCUUUUUACGGCUUUUGCUUGGAUGGGGCAGGUGUUAUGGGGAUGGCAAAAUGGGGAUCUAUCAUUUACAGCACUUGAUAUGGAGAGCAGACUAUCCAAGGUAGAGGUGUUCAAGAAGACGACUAGGAUGCUCCAGGUGCAACUGGACAUUUUAGAUAAGAAGCUAGGAGAUGAGAUCGGCAAAGCAAAAAGGGACAUCACAAAGCAAUUUGAUGACAAGGGCAAGAAGUUAGAGACAAAGGUGAAGACAUUGGAAGGCAAGGCUGACAUAUUAGACAAGUCACUUGCUGAACUGAGAGACAUGGGUUUUGUCUCCAAGAAAGAAUUUGAUGAGAUUCUGACUCAGUUGAAGAGAAAGAAGGGUUUGGAUGGCACUGGGAGUGAUAUAACCUUAGACGAUGUAAGAAUAUUUGCCAAAGAGAUAGUGGAGAUGGAGAUAGCCAGGCAUGCAGCAGAUGGCCUUGGAAUGGUGGAUUAUGCAUUAGGGUCUGGUGGUGGCAAAGUGGUUAAGCAUUCGGGUGCUUUCAAGAAAGCUAAGAGCAUUCUUCCUCGUCGUAGUGAAAGUCACAAAAUGCUGGAGCCAAGUUUUGGACAGCCAGGAGAAUGUUUUGCACUGGAAGGAAGUGCUGGAUUUGUGGAAAUCAGGCUCAGGACAGGAAUUAUUCCUGAGGCAGUCACUCUAGAGCAUGUCGACAAGAGUGUGGCCUUCGACCGCUCCAGCGCUCCCAAGGAUUUCCAGGUCAGCGGGUGGUACCAAGGAGCAGACGAUGAUUCAGACAAGCAACCACGCACGCCGACAAGCCUAGGAGAGUUCACUUACGACCUCGAGAAGAGCAAUGCCCAGACCUUCCAGCUAGACAGAACCACCGCCGACGCAUCUGUGGUCAACAUUGUCCGGCUCGACUUCUCCUCGAACCAUGGGCAGCCUGAGCUGACGUGCAUCUACCGCUUCAGGGUGCACGGCAGCGACCCUGGCUCUCUCGGCACCGCGGCAUCGUGAGGCCUGAUCUAGUUAGUACCUGUGUGCCUGGGACCAUACGGUCUUCCCUCUAGCUUUGAUUGAAGACCUGAAGCCCCUGCGAGACGGUAGGUUCAAGUUGAUUCUAAUCUGUAGCAUAAUGGUGCCACUAUGGACAGACGCUGACUUACUGUUCUUGUUCCUAGCUAGAGGUGCUAAUUGCUUGUAUCUGGCAACUACGAUUGCUCUCUGUACUCUACCGUGGCACUAUUUGUAAUGUAAAAUUAUUAAUUAGGGCGUGAACUGGUGGUGUUCUCGUG